UGGAAGUUGCAGCAAGCAUUGGUAGUGUCACUGUGCAAAAGAGCACAUACAUCCAGACUCUACAGUCGCACACAUGCACAGUUCGGUGGCUGCAUCACCCUUCCAGCAAACUUUACUUACAUGCAAAAUAAAGGAGGCAGCUUGGCCCAAGGAGCUGUACUGGGAGAUCUAGGAAGGUGGAAGUGAUAAGAGCGAGCAGGGAAAGGCGCACCUUGUGCAGAGGUGGGAGCAGGACCUGUCCGCAUCGGAGCUGCUGAGUCUCCUCAUCAUUUUAUCAUUGCAGGGGAUCUGAUCAGGAGAUCCCUGUGUAUUUUGGGAAAGCUGCGUUUAUUGGCUGGAUCUACAGUAUCGCCCCUGUUGGAAGUGGGAGAGCAGAACGGAUCUGUGUGGAAGAGGCAGAGUAGGGGAACGGAGACCAGGCGCUGUAUGCAGCCGCUGCACAUGCUUUGAGAGUCGGAUACAGCUCCUAAAGGGAGCCAGAGGAUCCGGAGCCUCGGGGAUCGGCUGCCUACGUUGUGAUCCAGAGAAAGGGUCAUCUAUAACCACCAAGGGCAUUACCCAGUAUCCCCUCCAUGCAUACAGUAUAUAUUCUAGCCUGAUGUAUUAAAGGUGUGCUCGUUGCUGCAAGGUUGCAGCGUACAGAAGAGGCACCUGCCUGCUGCUGCUGCUGGUGAUCGCCGGGCAUCUGGAGAUUAUAUAGCGCUGUUUCCUGGGAGUAUGAGGGGAUUGUGAUGCUGGGAAAGGGACCAUCUGCAGUGUCAAUGCGGCUUCACUAAGAGAAGGGGAGAACACGCUCAUCUCCCAGGACAAAAAGGAGCAGACUUAUUAUUGUGAAGAUCACACAGAAUAAAACAUUUGGUUACAAAUAUGGCAUCUACGAGAUGGAGCUGGUUUUGUGCAAUUGUCCAAUUUACACUAUUAACCACAGUUUCAACUAUCUCCCCAAAAAUUUCCCAGGCAAAAACACAUUUUACUACUUUCUAUGCUGAACAAGCUGACUGGACUUUUAACCACUUGGUAGUUGAUGACAGGACUGGACACAUUUACCUAGGAGCUAUUAACAGAAUAUAUAAACUUUCUGAAGACUUAAAGGUCUUACUAACCCACCAAACUGGACCAGAUGAAGACAACCCAAAGUGUUACCCUCCUAGGAUAGUCCAGCCUUGCAAUGAACCAUUGGUUAAUACCAACAAUGUAAACAAAAUGCUGCUAAUAGACUACAAAGAAAAUAGGUUAAUUGCCUGUGGAAGCCUUUAUCAAGGUAUUUGCAAGCUUCUCAGGCUUGAGGACCUCUUUAAACUUGGCGAGCCUUUCCAUAAGAAAGAACAUUACUUGUCAGGAGUCAAUGAGAGUGGCUCUGUUUUUGGGGUUAUUGUAUCAAACAACAAUCUUGAUGAUAAAUUGUUUAUUGCUACAUCAGUUGAUGGGAAACCUGAAUAUUUUCCCACCAUUUCAAGCAGAAAACUAACUAGGAACUCGGAAGCUGAUGGAAUGUUCGCAUAUGUUUUCCAUGAUGAAUUUGUGGCAUCGAUGAUAAAGAUACCCUCAGAUACUUUUAAUGUUAUUCCAGACUUUGAUAUUUACUACAUAUAUGGUUUCAGCAGUGGUAACUAUGUUUACUUCUUGACACUUCAACCAGAGAUGACAUCUCCACCUGGUUCUACGACCAAAGAGCAGGUCUAUACAUCUAAGUUAGUACGUUUAUGCAAAGAAGACACAGCUUUUAACUCUUAUGUUGAGGUUCCCAUUGGAUGUGAGAAGAAUGGUGUGGAGUACAGGCUUCUCCAGGCAGCUUAUUUAUCUAAAGCUGGAUCAAUACUUGCUAAAUCUUUAGGAAUCAAACCUGGUGAUGAUGUUCUAUUCACCAUUUUCUCUAAAGGUCAGAAGAGGCGAAUGAAAUCCCUGGAUGAAUCUGCCUUGUGCGUGUUUGUUCUCAAACAAAUUAAUGAUCGAAUUAAAGAAAGACUACAAUCUUGCUACAAGGGAGAAGGCACUUUAGAUCUUGCAUGGCUGAAAGUGAAGGACAUUCGUUGCAGCAAUGCGCUCAUAACAAUUGCUGAUGAUUUCUGCGGUUUGGACAUGAACGCCCCUCUGGGAGUAUCUGAAAUGGUCCGAGGGUACCCCAUCUUUACAGAGGACCGGGACAGAAUGACCUCUGUUAUUGCCUAUGUCUACAAAAAUCAUUCACUUGCAUUUGUGGGGACCAAGAGUGGCAAACUGAAAAAGAUCCGCGUAGAUGGCCCAAUCAGUGGAGCUCUGCAAUAUGAAACUAUCCAGGUGGUUGACUCUGGUCCUGUUUUACGGGAUAUGGCAUUUACAAAGAAUGAGGAGCAGCUUUUCGUCAUGUCUGAGAAGCAGCUUGCACGAGUACCUGUUGAAUCCUGUGGUCAGUAUACUACAUGCAGUGAUUGUCUGGGCUCUGGGGACCCGCACUGUGGAUGGUGUGUACUUCAUAACACGUGUACAAGAAAGGAGAGAUGUGAGCGAUCUCAUGAGGCUAGGAGAUUUGCAUCAGAAAUGAAGCAGUGUGUCAGACUGACUGUCCAUCCUAACAAUAUAUCUGUUUCUCAGUACAAUGUGCUGCUCGUGUUGGAAGCCUAUAAUGUACCAGAACUGUCUGCUGGUGUCAACUGCACAUUUGAAGACCUUUCGGAGAUGGAUGGUCUGGUUGUUGGAAAUCAGAUACGAUGUAUUUCUCCAGCAGAAAAGGAAGUGCCACGAAUCAUCACAGAAAAUGGUGACCAUCACAUUGUCCAACUCCAACUUAAGUCCAAAGAAACUGGAAUGACGUUUGCCAGUACAAAUUUCGUUUUCUACAACUGCAGUGUCCAUAACUCAUGCUUGUCUUGUGUGGAAAGUCCAUAUCAGUGUCAUUGGUGUAAAUAUCGCCAUGUGUGUACCCAUGACCCCCAGACAUGUUCCUUUCAAGAGGGAAGAGUCAAGAUGCCAGAGGAAUGUCCUCAGCUUCUUCAGACUGAGAAGAUCCUGAUUCCUGUUGAAGUUGUCAAACCUAUCACACUAAAAGCAAAGAAUUUGCCACAACCCCAGUCAGGCCAGAAAGGCUAUGAGUGUAUUCUGCAUAUCCAGGGAAAUGAGCAGAGAGUUCCAGCUCUUCGGUUCAACAGCUCCAGUGUUCAAUGUCAAAACACCUCUUAUUACUACGAAGGAAUGGAGAUUGACAGUCUCCCGGUGGAGCUGACCGUGUUAUGGAACGGGGAUUUCAGCAUUGACAAUCCAGCUCUGAACAAAGUGCAUCUGUACAAAUGCGGUGCUAAGAGGCCGAGCUGUGGCUUAUGCCUUAAGGCUGAUGCAGAUUUUGAAUGUGGUUGGUGCGUGGGAGAAGGCAAAUGUACGCUCAAGCAGCACUGCUUACUUCCAGAAAACCCCUGGCUUGAGCUAUCAGGAACGCAUGCAAAGUGUGCAAAUCCAAGGAUAACACAGAUCAUUCCAGUAACUGGUCCCCGUGAAGGGGGCACAAAAGUAACUAUCAGGGGUGAAAAUUUGGGCUUGGAGUUUUGGGAAAUUGAGAAUGAUGUCAAAGUGGCAGAAGUCAAAUGUACUCCUUUGAUUGAAGAAUAUAUCCCUGCAGAACAAAUUGUGUGUGAAAUUGGGGAUGCGAAGCCCAGUCAGCAUGCCGGAUUUGUGGAUGUCUGUGUGGGAGACUGUAGGCCUCGUUUCAUGGCAAGAUCCUCAUUACUGUACUACUUUGUGACGUUGGCUUUGUCUAAGUUAGAACCGACCCAUGGACCCGUCUCAGGAGGGACACAGGUGACAAUCACUGGAACCAACCUGAGUGCAGGGAGCAGUGUUAAAGUGAUGUUUGGAGGACAGCCGUGCAUUUUUGACAGGAGAACAGCGAGUGAGAUCUUCUGCAACACUACAGCUUCUCUUGAUGGUUUGGAGAAAGUGAAAGUGACUGUACAGGUAGACAGAGCCAAAAUCCCCCAGGAGUUGCAAUUUGAGUAUGUGGAAGAUCCCAAAAUUGUGAAAAUUGAACCAGAAUGGAGUAUUCUCAGUGGGAACACUCCUAUAUCAGUAUGGGGAACUAAUCUGGACAUUAUCAGAAAUCCUCGAAUAAGGGCCAAGCUUAAUGGAAAAGAACAUAUUAAUAACUGUACUGUGCUGAACUCUACAGAGAUGACCUGCCAGGCUCCAGCUGUAGCCAUUAAUUCUAACAAUCAUGUUGACAUUACUGAGCGACCAGAGGAAUUUGGCUUUAUCAUGGACAAUGUUCAAGCAUUGCUGCUCCUCAAUAAGACCAAUUUUACCUAUUAUCCAGAUCCAGUGUUUGAGUCUUUCAGUCCUUCUGGCAUAUUGGAACUAAAACCUGGAAGUCCCAUAAUACUAAAGGGGAAAAACCUAAUUCCACCAGUUGCAGGAGGCAAUAUGAAGCUAAAGUACGCUAUGUUCAUUGGUGAGAAACCAUGCACAGUCACAGUGUCUGAUGUCCAGCUACUGUGUGAGUCACCAAACCUCACUGGGCGUCACAAAGUGAUGGCCCGUGUUGGGGGAAUGGAAUUCUCACCUGGAAUGGUUUACAUAACUCCCGACAGCCCCCUCAGUGUCCCAGCCAUUGUCAGUAUUGCAGCAGCAGGCGGACUAUUGAUAAUCUUCAUUGUCGCUGUGCUUAUAGCCUAUAAACGCAAAUCCAGAGAGAGUGACUUAACUCUGAAAAGACUACAGAUGCAAAUGGAUAACUUGGAAUCCCGAGUGGCGUUGGAGUGCAAAGAAGCAUUUGCAGAGCUUCAGACAGAUAUUCAUGAGCUGACAAGUGACCUUGAUGGAGCUGGCAUUCCUUUCUUGGAUUAUCGUACCUACACUAUGAGGGUCCUGUUUCCUGGCAUUGAAGACCACCCUGUAUUGAGGGACUUAGAGGUGCCUGGUUACAGACAAGAGCGUGUAGAGAAGGGUCUCAAGCUGUUUGCCCAGAUGAUUAACAAUAAGGUGUUCUUGCUCUCCUUUAUCCGGACACUUGAGUCCCAGCGCAGCUUCUCUAUGCGCGAUAGAGGAAACGUAGCUUCUCUCAUCAUGACCGUUCUGCAGAGCAAGUUAGAAUAUGCUACGGAUGUAUUAAAACAACUGCUCUCUGAUCUCAUUGAUAAAAACCUGGAAAGCAAGAAUCACCCCAAACUAUUACUGAGAAGAACAGAAUCGGUUGCAGAGAAGAUGUUGACCAAUUGGUUUACAUUUCUAUUGUACAAGUUCCUAAAGGAGUGUGCAGGAGAGCCCCUCUUCUCCUUGUUCUGUGCCAUAAAGCAGCAAAUGGAAAAAGGUCCCAUUGAUUCCAUCACAGGAGAAGCACGCUAUUCACUGAGUGAAGACAAACUAAUCAGGCAACAGAUUGACUACAAAACACUGGUUCUUAAUUGUGUUAACCCAGAUAAUGUGAACAGUCCCAUGAUUCCAGUGAAAAUCCUCAACUGUGACACAAUCACUCAAGUAAAAGAGAAGAUCCUGGAUGCCAUCUUUAAGAACCUGCCUUGCUCCCAUCGACCAAAAGCAGCAGAUAUGGAUUUAGAAUCGAGACAAGCAAGUGGAGCACGAAUGAUCCUGCAAGAUGAGGAUAUAACAACAAAAAUAGAAAAUGACUGGAAGAGACUCAAUGUAAUUGCACACUAUCAGGUCCCAGAUGGCUCAGUGGUUGCAUUAAUAUCGAAGCAAGUCACAGCUUACAAUGCAGUAAAUAAUUCUACAGUAUCCAGGACAUCUGCUAGUAGAUAUGAGAAUAUGAUCAAGUAUACUGGAAGUCCUGACAGCCUCCGCUCUCGUACUCCCAUGAUAACACCAGAUUUAGAGAGUGGGGUUAAGGUUUGGCAUUUAGUGAAGAACCAUGAACAUGGAGACCAGAAAGAAGGAGACAGAGGAAGUAAAAUGGUGUCAGAAAUCUACUUAACAAGAUUACUAGCUACAAAGGGAACAUUACAGAAGUUUGUAGAUGAUUUGUUUGAGACCAUAUUUAGCACUGCACAUCGAGGUAGUGCUCUUCCCCUUGCCAUCAAGUAUAUGUUUGAUUUCCUGGAUGAGCAAGCAGACAAGCAUAAUAUUCAUGAUCCCCAUGUCCGACACACCUGGAAGAGCAAUUGCUUGCCGUUGAGAUUCUGGGUGAAUGUCAUCAAGAACCCACAGUUUGUCUUCGACAUCCACAAGAACAGCAUUACAGAUGCUUGUCUUUCUGUGGUGGCUCAGACGUUUAUGGACUCAUGCUCAACUUCAGAGCACCGUUUAGGCAAGGAUUCACCUUCCAACAAACUUCUCUAUGCCAAGGACAUCCCAAGUUAUAAAAACUGGGUAGAAAGGUACUAUUCUGACAUUGCCAAAAUGCCGGCUAUAAGUGACCAAGACAUGAAUGCUUAUCUGGCGGAGCAAUCUCGUAUGCACAUGAAUGAGUUUAACACCAUGAGUUCGCUCUCAGAGAUCUAUUCCUACGUUGGGAAAUACAGUGAAGAGAUUUUAACAGCUUUAGAUCAAGAUGACCAAGCUGGAAAACAAAAAAUUGCCUACAAAUUAGAACAAGUCAUUGCCCUGAUGAGUAUAGACAGCUGAAAACUGUUCUUCCAGGUUACCCUGGAAGGGAUAAACCAAGCCGUGCCUCAGUCAAGAUUGUCAUCUUUACCAAGUGCAAGUUCUGGUUGGCUGGAUGCAGGGUCUUCUGCUUCCUCUUCUUUCAUCUAUGAACCUCAUGGAUACAUCAAAAUGUCCAGUGGAUUAAGGAAGAAUAAAGAGUGGAUAACUUUGGAAUGCAAAACAUUCUUAUUACUUACAAAUAAACACUCAUCCGUAUCAGUAUGGGAAGCUAGAAGGUCCUAUCUGCUGUGCUGCUUGUAGCUUCUUUCCUUGCCAUGACCUGGUAUGGAUGGAUCAUGAACCUAGUAUUAAUGCAUUAUAACAACCAACACACACAAUGGAGUCCUUCUUUAGCAAAACAAGGCAUUAUUGAUCUCCCAACAAAAUAACUUGAUUUAUUACUCAGUGCAAACCUUCAAACAUGGAGCAUGAAAAACAUGUGAAAACUCUUCUUUAAUCUCUUAGAGGGCAUUAGAAGACAGAAGUUAUUUUUAUUUUAAGGUCUUUUCCUUUUCACCCUUUUCAAAAUGAAGUUGUCACUGCCCUGUAACUUAUCAUACAUGUAGCUAAAAGUGUUGGAUACUAUCUAAGUUCAAAUUUACUAUCAAAAAUGUAGAUUUCUUUCUAUAUGCAUAUUGAUGGGUUUAUAAGCUAGUUGUAACGAAAUUCUACAUUCUAGACCCCAGUGUUCAUGAUACCACAUACAGAACAUUCAUUUCAUACACUGACAACUUUUAAUGAACAUGUCCAUCGCAAACCCCAUUAGAUGUCCUUUUGUUAAAUGUGCAGCACUUCUCAUUGGCAUUUUCAUAUUUUUGCCUGAAAUUAAUUUGUGUCCCUUAAAUGCCAGCAUUGUAAAUUAGUACACAAUGCUUCAUUUUAGAUGCACUUUGCUUGCUGUUCAUGACCUUAGCAGCAGGUAAUAAUUACGUCUAAAAUUUCAAGUUAUACAAACAGCAGAAAUCUAUGACUCUUGUUUCCAGACUUUAUUAAUCACAAACAGUUAAAUACUUUUAGCACAAUUCACUGUAAACCCUGAAACAUAAUAUAAAAUAGUAAAAAAAAACUAUUAUACAGUUUGGUGACAAAUAGUCAUCAUUAAUUUUUUAUUAUUCAGCCUAAGAAGGAAUGUUCUGAUGCUGUGGAUUAUAAAUGUUCAUCAGAUGUUUUUGAAACUGCCAUUUGGAAUAAGGAGCACAAAAUUACAAUACUCAUGAUGCAAAAAAAUAAUAAAUAAAAACAGAAUAUCAGCACAAUUUUUAUUCGGAAUGAUAAAAGAAAAUGUCACCUGUUGAAAAAGUUUGCAUUACUUGUAAAUGCAUUCAACAAUAGUGACAAUAAGUUACUAAUUUUAAGGCUACUGCACUGUAAUUCCAGGUUAUUCCAACUUCUUUCCAAUGUUAUUCUAACUUCUUUUGUAAUCUUAUGGAAUUGACAGUUCAGUAUUUUAAAUGGUAAAAUGUAACUAUCAUUGUAAGACAAUAACAAAGCGUUACAAAUCUUCCUAUUAUGUAAUCCUUAAUAAUGCUGUUUAUUUUAAUUAAAAUAAAUUACAUAUAGCUCAAAUAAUGGAAUAUGCUAGAAUGGAUUUAAUUUGGCACAAGCUGAAAGCCGAUAGAAAACAACCAUUGGUUUGUGUUUAUUUUUGUUGAGAGCACUUAAUCCCUUAUGCACCUUAUUUGAACAUUUUAUAGCAUUUGCUUGGAAUUGGCUGGUGGCUUAGAACUAUAAAUGCCAUUAACUGGAACCUGAAGCAUUGGUUGGCUACUACAAUUAGCAAGGGGAAGAAGAAGCAACAUACUCAAAGAAUUGUAGACAAAACCAAAGGUUAUGGUGGCAUGACAUUGUCACGACUCAAAGGCUUUCUUCUCACCCUCCCAAGGAUAAUAAUGGCAAGGACAAACGUGAAUGCAUUUGUGAAUGAUCCAGUCCAGAUGUUUCACAUUAACUGUUGGAAGAUGAGUCAAAAAUGGAAUUUGCACAGCUGUACAGAGAGAAUACAAGUAGACCACUAUGCUAUCUAAUUCAAUCAAUUUUAGCUUAUAUUUGUUUGUAUGGUACAUAUUUUUUCAUUUUUUUUUAAAUGGCAACCUCAGACAAAUAAAAAUAUAAAAACAAAAUAAGUACAUAUAGAAAAAUGUAAUUUUUCGUGUUGACCAUCGUGAGCUUCAAAGCUGCCCAUCUUAUUCCCUUUACUUUUUUGUUUUGGUUUUUCUGAACUCUUCUUUCCUGCCUUGGGAUGUGCCAGGCUUGUGCUGUGAAUGUGUAGGGUGUUUGCCCUGGAGUUCCAGAGGUACAUACCUUAGCUUUCAGUUUAUUUUAUAUUGAAAAUAGCGCAUGUUAAUACAGUUAAAUCUGAGAGACAACUAAAGCCUUGCUGAUGAUGUGGAUGUGGUUCCCAUUUUAUUCCUUAUUCUUCCCUUUUUAAGUUCUUUGCUUUUUUCGAUUUUUUUUUUUGUCUGCCUGAAAGCAUUGAUCUGAGUGGUUUGUCAUGUGACUAUAUUCUAUGUUAAGGUGGAAUCUUUAUCAAAGCCUGCAAAAUGAAAGGGGUUUAAUAAAUUAAUAUAUAGUGCAGCUUGACCUGUUGAAUCUUGCUGCACAUUGUUCCCUAAACCCAUUGCUAAAUAUUUAACCUUAUUCUAAACAAUUGUAUGGCCCACGAAUAUAUACAAUGGUUGAGGUCCUGAUCUAGGCUACAUAAAUAACAUAUUGGUUAUGCUGGUACUCUUUGAAAGCUUAUUGUUCCAUUGUUUCCUACAUUGGAGAUGGGACCAUUGAAGCCUAUUGUACAAAAAAAAAGAGAAUGCAUGGGCAUCUCAAAAAUAAUAAUAGCAAAUUGGGUUAAUACAAAUAUAAGAAUACUCUGUAUUAUGUUUCCUGGUCUGAAAAUUUAUUUAAAUUUUUUUGUUCACCAAAAAAUUAUUUCGUUGAAAAGUUCAUUUAAAGGGCUUAUAUGCUAGGCUUUUUGUUGAAAGUUUAGGAGCAACUUUACAUAGUACUUUUGAAUAUAUCAAAUAGUAAUAUGUGUUUCCAGGUAUAUUUUUCUUUAUUUAUAGGUAUGAGUGAGUAUAAUGGAAUAGUGAGCUAAUGACUAGGCUAUGUUAGGAUUUGAAGGCACAGUUGAUUUUAUUGCCACAAUUAAAAUAUUAUGUUCUUUAAAAAACUAAUAAUUCUGUAUUAGAAGAACACAGUACUUGUCUGAUCAAUGUUUUUUACAGGAGCAGCUAUAGCAUGUCUUUAGCUAUGUGAAGCAAGACACCUAAUAUUUACAGUAGCUGGAUAAUUUCAUAGAAGAAAGUGAGGAACAAUUGUAUACUGUAGCAUGCAGAAUCACUUUUAUUGUUAAGAUUAAUUUGUCCUGGUGUUUAAACACUUACAGGACACUUAGAACAGUUGUGACAGACAAAGAAACAUUUACAAAAAUCACCUACCAAAUUAAAAACUAUUUAAUACAUUAUAACCAGUUCUAUUUAGUGUGUAGGCCCAGUUAAUAAAAAAAAGGACAUUAAAACUUCAAUAAAGAAUGUCAUCUGUAGCAUAUUCCAUAGCUAACAUUUCUGUUGCAUUGGUUUUGGGACACUUCGAGUAAUGUAUGAACAUUAAUAUAUGCAAAGGGUGCGAAAGUGCCUAAUUACUGUACACAUAUUGCAAAUGUGUAUGUGCACACUAACAUCCGAGCAGUCCCAAAAAGCAGGGCACCUCAGCACCCUGUGCAGUCCCCAAAAAUGUGACAUCACGCAAAGGCAAUGGUCCUGCCCCCAAGGCCCUGGGCAAUGGAACUGCUCAUCAAACCCUCCCUAUGACCCUGAAUCCUAGUGUUUGAAACAUCUACCAGAAAGUCUAUUUAAAUGUCCUAAUUUUAAAAAAUUGUAAAAACAACAAUUUAAUAUAUUUAAAGUUUUCCACUUUUCACCUAAAAUACUGCUCAGAUUAACAUUAUUCAUGUCUUUAAUAAUCAUGAGGUCAAGUCACACUUUAUUACGCAUUGUAUUAUACUAUUUUACAUUAGGAUGUUUUAUUACAUUGGUAGAAAUGCACUUUUCAUUAAAGUGCACCUGAACGGGGUAUAAGGCUUCCAACUCAUUUAUAUCAUUUUUGUUUUGCAUGUAAAUCCAUCCUUGUACCUAACCUACACAGAGUAAUUAAUGACCUUGAUCCACUUACUUUCUUCCUUCACAAGAAGAACAAUUUGCAUUCCCACAAUCUGGAAAUCCAUGAGCUAUCCUGCAAAAUGGGCUUUUUCAUGUGACAUCACAAAUUAUCACUGUGCCUUUGCAUGUUAAUAACUUACCUUUUCUGAUCUUUUAGUAGGUUUUCUGAAUGUCUAAUUUAGGCCCCAAGAGUAAAAUCAGCUCACCACUACUCCUCUCUAAUGUACAGUACUUAAUACAUGGAAAUGUACAUUGUGUUUUGGGUAUGUCAUUUACUGUAUUUAACCACUGCCACAACUUCUGUAAAAGCUAUUAGCAAGUAAACACUUAUGGAAUGAAUUUUCAACUUUUAAAGUAUAAUGUAUAAUUAAGAUUAUAUCUCUAUAUAUAUAUAUAUAUAUAUAUAUAUUCAAAAAAUGACUAUAAAAAAUAAUAUAAUUCACAUGUAGAAUAUUAAGCUACAUUCCAAAUGUUUAAUGCAGGGCGUUGAAUCUUACACUAGAGUUAAUUGAGAUAUUUGCCAUUUGUUUGAUCAAGUGAUUGUUGGAAACAAAUGUGCAUUAUUGUGUCAUGUUAUUUUAUAUGACUGAAAGAAUAGUGUUACAUUAUGUCACCCUACUAUAAUUUCUUAUGUUUUAUAUUGAUUUGUGAAUAUAACAUCCAAUCUAAAUCAAUACAUUCAAAAUGUAUUUUUCUUAAAAUAAUAUCAAUAAUCCAUAAUUGGUAAAUAACGCAAAGGUUCCAAAAUGCACAUUGUAACUAUGUCCCGUAACAGUACUCCUUUUUGUAUGGCAGCAGAGGAUUGUAUGACUCUUAGUGGUUAGCUGGUCACUUGCAUUUGAACUACAUGAAAGUACUGUAUUCUAAGCUAAUUACGCCCUACACCACAGGCAGAAAUGUUACCAAAGUAUCUAUAUUUGGCCAAAUCAAAAGAUAAUAAUUACAAUUUUGAUUAUAACAAAUCAAUUUGUUUAUCCUUACUAAAGAGUUGAAAAGGUUGUAUCAUGCAUGUCUCCCAUUGGUUUGUCAUUGUCACACUGUUGUAGAAAUAGAUAAGUCUGUAAAAUGAGAUAAUAUACUACUAAACCUUUAUUUUUGUAUUCAUACAAUAAUGCAAAUUACUUGAUGCAAUAUUAUAUCAAAAAGGCAAAAUGCGUGAAAAAUAAUCCAAAACUUACAUUCAGAAGCAUUGUCAUGAGGGUUUUUUUUAAAUGAAAAUGAUAUUUCAAAUAACUGUAUUUUGAUUUUGAGUCUAUUUGGUGGUACCCCUACAACAAAUAUAUAUAUAAAUAUACAUAUAUAUAUAUAUAUAUAUAUAUAUAUUGUUCCAAACAUCCAGCACUCAAAUGUGUAAUGCAGCAACUUCUCCGGAGGCCAGGGCCGGUUCUUGCCUUUGUGGCGCCCCGGGCAAAAUGAUAGGGGUGUGGCUUCAUACGAGGGCGUGGUUAGUUAUGCCCUAAUUUGUGCCCCCUGUAGUGCCGCUGAAAGAGAAAAAAAAAUUAUACUUACUAUCCCCGCUCCUGAUUCCAGACUGCUGCAGACCUCCGCCAGUACCGCUCCUCUCCUUGGAUCAGCAUAGACACUAGAGGUCAAUUAUGACUCCUAGCGUCUGUGCCACAAUGCUGUGCGGUGCACAAUGAUGUCAUCGCGCACCGCACGGCAAAGGUCCCCUCCACAAAGGGAAACUACACGCGUAGCAUCUGGUUCCCUUCACAGCGGAGGACCAGCGGGGGGCACAGUAGCGGAUCUUGCCAUGGUGCAGCGCCCUCCGGAUGGCGCCGGCACCCUCCGGAAGGCGGCGCCCCGGGCAAAAGUCCUGCUUGCCAGUGGCAAGAUCCGCUACUGCCGGUGGCCCUCCAUGUAAUACACAUGUAUGGCAGAUAGUGGAUGGCACUAAAUAUAGAAAAUUAAAAUGAUUAACGCUGCUGGGGUAUAUCAAUGUUUAGAGAUAGCCCAGCAUGCCACUUACAUGAAUAUAUGAACUUGCAUUAUGAAAAAUGGUCCUAUAAAUUAGCAGAUCAUUCUGCAAUGCUACUUUAUUCCAUUAAUUAAAUUUUAGCUCUGCAGUUUUAGCAUAGGGCUAAACAUUUUGAAGAAACUUUAAAGUGUAGGAUACCCCCAUAUAAAUGUAUGUGUGGCCAACUUCCCUAUAAUGCUGUACUUACAUAAUAAUGCUACAUACUGUAUAUGACGGGUAGUACUAAUAUUUACUGUAGUACAUGGUGUUCAUUUUUAUACUGCUGUAACCAGGUCAUUAAAGCUUAUUCUCCUUUUCAUAUGUGUAAUGAUGUAACUGAUGUAGAGUGACAGAAACUCUACGAAGGACUGUAUUCUUCUAAACACCUAAUCAUUGGUUCAGUAAAAAUGUUCUUUUGUGGCCAAUUUGGAGAAUGAUCUUCUAAGCAUCUUCCAGCUUGAGAGGUGUCUAAAACAAAAUUCCGUGUCCACAAUCUGAGAGUAUACAUAGAAUAAAUAGAUACAUUAAACAAUGUGUCUGUCAAUGUUCUGAUGUCUUCCUGCCAUAUUUUAUUAAUUGAAAUUGUUAUCUCACACAGAAUGUACAGAUGCCCUAUGAUGCUCCUUACAAAGUAUUGUAUAUCGUAUAUAAAUUUGGUGCAUAUUAGUACGUACAAAUGCCUAUGAACAUCAAUAUCUAUUUUUGACCAGGAAUCCUUACACACACUCUUCUAGGUAAGAACCCUGUACAAACCGAAGGUAUCCUAUUGGCUAUUAUGGUUUUUGAUAAAGCUUCCACCUAUAUAUUCAUAUCUUUAUGAGUCCAGUGUUACUGAGAGCCUCAAAGAGAUAAAAAAAGAAGCAUAUUAGAAUGGAGGUUUAAAUAUACUAUUUAAAUUGGAAAAAGAGUUGUAACUUGGUAAAGGCAAGCUUCUGUAACUUUGUUAUAAUUGUAUACCUGUGUAUGUAAAUAUAAUGCAUUCCUAUUUUGCAGUUCAAAACAAAUGAAAAAAA